AUGAAUGUUCAACAAAUCAGUAGCGAUGAAAUUGAAAUAUUCUUAAAAAAUCUUGACUUCCUUAAAAUCAGCACUAACCGAGCAAAUCUUCUAGCAGCCCCGCUCAAACAACAAGACAUAAUUGAGGUCAUUAAGAACCUAAAACCAGUCUCUUCCCACAUAUCAUUUGCUGCCACACUACUAAGUACUUCACUUUAUCAUGUUCUCAUAAAUAUGGAUAUGGCUGAACCAGUGCCAAAAAACUUUGAAGAUGUUGCUGUUGAGUUUUCAGUGGAGGAGUGGAAGAUGUUGAGUGAACACAACAAAGAGUUACACCGGGAGGUGAUGGUACAGAACUAUGAGAACAUGAUUUCUUUAGGUUAUAACAUCCCAUUGGAUGAACUUUUGUUACUUCUUAUGAAAGAUGAAACCAUUCCAGCUGCAGAGACUGAAGGAAGAACACCAGCGCAACAAACGCAACUUCCUUUAAACAGAACCAGCAUCAGCGUGAAUGGAGAAUUUGGUGUCAUUCAGACUCUGCAGUCAUCCUAUGGGAAACUCUGGGAUGCAGAAUGUGAUAGAGCUCUGCCUGAUGAGAUGCUUAUAAGGCAAGACCCAGUGAAGGUGGAAACCAGACAUAACUGCAGGCAAAAUAAUGAGGACUUUGUCAUGAAAACUGAAUUAGAAAAGCAUCUGCAAACUGAAGCAAAGGAAAUGCCAUGCAGCUGGCUUAACCAAAGCAGCAGUCUAACAUUUUACAGUAACAGUGUAAUUGGUCAGCUAAGUGACAAUGGGGAAGGACAAAAGAAUACCCCUCCAACCUGUAAACAAAUACUCAUUAGGCAGACUCUGCAUAAAGAUGUUAUGAAUGCCAAAGGUUUUUCAGAUAGAAAAAAUGUAACACUGCAGAAGAUCAGUCAUACUGGUCAGAAUCCCUUUACCACAUGUGACAAAAGUUUUACACAGAGCAAUGACAUGGCAAUACUUCAGAAUGUCCAGGUUUGGCAGCAAAAGUGUCAUCAGAGUCUCCAUACUAGCCCAACACCCUGUAAAUGUACCACAUGUGACAAGAGUAUUUUAAAGAAGAGUCGCAUGGUGACGCAUCAAUAUAUCCAUAGCACACAGAAGCCUUAUAAAUGUACAAUUUGUGACAAGACUUUUACACAGAAGAAUGGCUUGGUGAGACAUCAGUAUUGCCAUAGUGGGCAGAAGCCAUAUAAAUGCUCCAUGUGUGACAAGAGUUUUGUGCGGAAGAUUCGACUGGUAUACCAUCAGAAUGUGCAUACUGGGCAGAAACCAUAUAAAUGCACCAUCUGUGACAAGAGUUUUGCAUCCAAUUCCAGUAUGCUGAGUCAUCAUAGGCUCCAUGGUAGGCAGAAAAAAUAUAAAUGCCCCAUAUGUGACAAGAGUUUUGUACGAAAGAAUUACUUGAUGAUACAUAACUAUACGCACAGUGGGCAAAAACCACAUAAAUGCACCAUGUGUGACAAGAGUUUUGUAACAAAGAAUGGCUUGAUGAUGCACAACUAUGCCCAUGGUGGUCAGAAGCCAUAUAAGUGCACCAUGUGUGACAAGAGUUUUGUGCAAAAGAAUCGACUGGUAUGCCAUCAGAAUAUGCAUACUGGACAGAGACCUUAUAAAUGUACCAUUUGUGACAAGAGGUUUUUACAGAAACUUCAGAUGGUGAGACAUCAAUAUAUCCAUAGUAUGCAUAGUGUGCCGAAGCCAUAUAAAUGCUGCAUGUGUGACAAGAGGUUUGUGCAGAAGUCUCACAUGGUCAGACAUCAAUAUAUUCAUAGUAGGCAGAAGCCUUAUAAAUGUACCAUUUGUGGCAAGAGUUUUGUAGAGAAGAAUCUCUUGGUGACGCAUCACUAUACCCAUAGUGGCCAGAAACCAUAUAAAUGCACCAUGUGUGACAAGAGUUUUUCAUACAAAAAAGGUAUGGUGAUUCAUCAGAGGCUCCACACUGGGCAAAAGCCAUAUAAAUGCUCCAUGUGUGACAAGAGUUUUAUGCAGAAGACUCAAUUGGUGAUACAUCAGUAUAACCAUAGUGGACAGAAACCAUACAAAUGUACUAUGUGUGACAAGACUUUUUCAUACAAAAACUGUAUGGUGAUUCAUGAGAGGCUCCACACUGGGCAGAAGCCAUAUAAAUGUACCAUGUGUGACAAGAGCUUUGUACAGAGGAAUCACUUGGUGCUACAUCAGUAUAACCAUAGUGGGCAGAAACCAUACAAAUGUACCACGUGUGACAAGAGCUUUGCAUGGAAGCAUCAAAUGGUAGAUCACCAGAAGAUGCACAGUGGAAAGAAAUCCUAUAAAUGUCGGACAUGUGGCAAGAGUUUUGUAGAAAAGAGACGUAUGAUAGCGCAUGAAAUAGUUCACACAGAGUAUAAGCCAUAUAAAUGCACCACAUGUGGUAGGACUUUUAAACAUAAAAGUGGUGUGAGUAGACAUCAGAGAGUCCACUCUGGACAGAAAAUGUAGAUGGCCCCCCCCAUUGUAGAAGGAAGUAGCAGUCCACAAAAACGACAAAAAUUGAUUGACCAAAGAAGAGCCAUAAAGAAGAUAGAGUGGACUAUUGAGGAUAAGAAAGAGAUUAUGUACUGGUACUAUUAUGUAAAAAGCUCAGAACUUCCAGGCACAGGAUAUACAAAACAAUUAAGAGGGAAAUUAGAGGAAAGAAAAAUACUUCCACAGGAAAAACUGUCAGAAGCUU